GAUUCCUUAGUCAUCCAUGAGAAGCGUAAAAGGCUUGUAAGGGUGGGUUUGUAUAGCCUAAUUUCAACCCCUUAGGAAAAUUAUUCAUGGUUUUAUUGUAGUAAACCAUGUUUUUGAUGCGUUGAUUAUAAUUUGUAUUAAUAUAGUUUUACUACGAUGGUUAAACUAUGGUUAAUAUUCUUAAGUCACUUUACAGUAUGUCUAAUAAUAGAACAGAGUUCACAGAGUAGUGGUGCAGUUUUUAUCUGCUGUAUGUUUUUUUUUUUUAUUAGAAAUCGAUCAAGCUAGCAAUGACGCAGGUGUCAAAGCUACUUGACUGAUUAGCAGCAUUGACAAGGACAUCAAAUCGAUAAUAAGACAGCGUUUAUAUGUAAUUUAAAUCGAUCAAUGAGAUACCGUUUAUGUUUAAAUUAUGACUGUCUGAUUUAUUCCUGGUUGUCUUAAUUUACAUUUCAUAGUCGUUAUCAAUCAUAGGGAGGACCGGAUAACGUUAUGUUUAUGAUUGGCCUUGUUGCUGAUAUAAAUGUAAAUGAUUAACGUAUUUUAAAAUCAACGUACAGAAACAAAACACUUCACGUAGCUAUCACGUGAUCCGCGUUUCGUUGCUUAGCAAUCAUAUUUGCAAACACAUUGCUGCCUUGACAACCAGUUGUCCGGUCUGAAGUCCAGAGUUGAGGAAAUUACAUUAUCGCCUGCAACUAACCAUGGCGUUGUCGAUGCUGCCUGGAAAUUCAACCAAUAGAAAUCUUGGAAGAGACAAAUUUCACAAGUCUCAACAUUUUGAUUAUUCAAACGGAGUACCCUUGAUGAUUGGGGCAGAAAAGCCUGGCAUUGGAGGGGAACUGCUUCUGGGGCAGAGGGCAAGACCCAAGUAUUCCCUUUUUCCUAAGGGGGAGGGUAGUGAUGCCCCAGCAUGGGUAGCCUUUGACAAACAGGUCCUGUGCUUCGAUGCGUAUUUCCAAGAAACUGUUCCUCAAAGUAGGGAAGAAAAAUAUAGAGUACGAAAGUGUAAGAUUUACUUCUACCUGGAGGAUGACACCAUACAAGUGGUGGAGCAAGAGCUCAAAAACAGUGGGAUCCCCCAGGGGACCCUGAUACGCCGCCACCGAAUUCCUCUCCCACCUCCUAAACAUGACUGCUUCUACAAUGUGCAUCAUUUUAAAAUCAAUCAGGAAAUAGCGCUCUAUUCCAGGACCUUUAUGAUUACAGACUGUGACUCCUUUACACACUUCUUCUUGAGGAAAAUGGGUGUGCGCCUAAAGCCCAGUGUUUCAACGCCAGCUGAUCCCUAUACCACCCAUCGACAACAGAUGGAGGAGAACAUGAAUCCAUUGCGGCCAUAUGAACGAAUAGAUACUCUGAAGCAAUUUUUGGAACUUGACUCCAAAGUCUUGCGCUUCAGUUGCUAUUGGGAUGAUACUGAGAGCAUGUUUGGAGAACCACGAGAAUUGAUCUUGCAUUAUUUCCUGGCAGAUGACACCAUAGAAAUUUACGAAGUUCACUAUCCAAACUCCGGUCGGGAUGCUGUUCCUAAAUUUUUGCACAGGGGUAGGCUACCUAAGCAUGCUCCUACUCCAAAACAUCAGCCUGGAGAAAUAACAGACCGCACAGUCCUUAAUGUAUUUGGACCAGUCGCACAAGGAGGGCGCUAUAUUUUGGAUAGUCUUAAAACUGGAGCUGUAGAAGAGGAAUUCUACAAAGACAGUGAUUUGACUAUCGGUGGCAUCAUUAACGUGUGGGGUCGUAGGGUGCUGAUAUGUGACUGUGACAACUUCACUAAAGAGUAUUAUCGCUCCAAAUAUGGUAUUGAGGACUUUACGCCUGUCUCAAACAAGGCCCUGCCCCCUGCUAAACCAUCCAGACAGGUACCGCCCUACACUGGAUUUGGAUCUGAGGAAGACUCGCUGUGCUCCUGUCAGGGUUUGUUGCCCAAGCCGCCGCAGAAAGACUUCAGGAAGCUGAUGGAAAAAGACAGGCAAGGCCUGGUGAGCAACGUGUUGAGAUUUGUGGGCAAAAUGCUAACAGACAGCCCUAUCGACAAGGACCGUGUUUUCAUCAUUUCCUUCUACCUCAGUGAUGACACCAUAGCAGUUUUUGAACCUCCACAGAGAAACUCAGGUAUCAUUGGGGGUAAAUUCUUGGAGAGAAGCCGAGUAAAGAAACCAGGACAGGAGCUCUUUAAAAGCGAGAUGUCACAUUAUUUCACAGCUCAGGAUUUGUACAUCGGAGCUAAACUGCAUCUGAACAGUCAGCCCUUCCAAUUGAUUGAUGCUGAUGAAUUUACAUUCAGUUAUAUGGAGCAGCAUGCAGAGGAGUUCCCAAGGUCCAACGUUGGCACCAUUAUAAGCAAGAUAAAGUCCACCAGUGAGGAGCAGAAGAAGAAAGUAAAACAGUUUUUCAUGAUGAGUGAUCCAGGCAACACUGGCUUCGUUCCAUAUGAGUCAUUCAGAACUCUGCUGGCAGAUAUGGGCGGUCAGUUGUCCGAGCAUGAGAUCAUGACUCUUGGUCGCACAUAUUCACUGCGGGAGCAGCCGGAGAUGGACGUGGGUCUUAUGCUCGCUGUGGCUCAGGAUCAGCUGAAGAAGAAACACUUUGAGAACUUCUCAGAUAUGGUGCAAGCUUUCACGCAUGAGGAUCGAGACAGAUCAGGACAUCUCUCCUCUAAAGAGGCACGGAUCAUCUGCAAAUCUUUUCGCCUGCCCCUUUCCGAUGACUUUCUAAGAGCCCUUCUCAAGAAGUUUCAGGAUGAGUCUGAAAAGAUUGACUACCACGCCUUCCUAUCAGGUCUCAACUGGAGAGAGAACCCCGCCCCUGCUGUGCUGCCAGAUGUCACCUUGAAGUUUGAUGUCGACUGGAGAGGGGAAUCUGCAGGCCCUGCAGUUAAAACCAUCAACUACUUGCUUUUGCUGGAGGAUGUGUUUGGUAGCACCACAAACUUUGAAAACAACCCAGUGGGAUCCUCACUGGCACCACAACCAAAUCAAGAAAUUUGAUCAACUGUGUAUAUUACAAAGAUUAAAUUUGCAUCGAUGCGCAUUGUUGUUUAUGUUCUGCAUGUUACAAUAUUAUAAUCUGUCAUCCUUCGUUUGUACCUUUCAACUUGCCUUUGAGUUUUACUUAAAACCAUGCUAGAAUGAGAGCUAUUUGGACCAGACCAGCGAGGUGCUGUUAAAGAUUACGCAGUUACAAUCUAAAUCAAACCAUAUUUCAUAGACAUUCACAGACAGACAGACAAUCAUAUUCGCCGUGAUUGUGUGGAUAAAGUUGUCAAUGAAAUACGAAAUACGAUGGCUGCCAGGGAAAAGAAAAUUGUUAAAAAUGUUAAAAUUGUACGCCGUUCAUGGUCCAAAUGCACAUUCCCCAAAGACCUUAUUUAAAGACCUGUUUAUUCAGUCUCUCUAAUUUAUAUAGAGCACAUUUCCCCUAUAGUAAAAAGGAAAAGGUAGAAUAGAGUUGAUUGGCUGUUCUCGCUCUCAUCUGGCGUGUUAUGCAAUUGUCAAAGUCUGACGCUGUAUAUAAAAAGACAGGUCGAGCGUGUCUGUAAUCAGAGCUUUGCGAUCAAGGCCUCCAUGCCUGGCCAAGACAGAAGAAGCACAUUACAUCACCCCAGCAUUAUCAAGUCUUCAUUUCUAUCCUUCACGCUUACUAAAAUAUUAGCUUCUGUCUGAGAGACAAAGGCUGACGCAGGACCUGGCUCCAGUGAAUGGGCAAUGCGUUCCAAAACGAGAUGAAUUUGGCAAUACUUUACUAUUAAUAUUUUGGUUCAUAUCGUUUCUGUCUGCAGCCUCACCACAUUCGUGGCACUCUGAUUAAAUUCUUAAAAUCCAGCAUAGAGGGUUGUUUUUAUUGUAGAUGAUAUAAAAGCAAAAUGAGGUUGACAAACUGGACAUCUUACGGUCACGUGGACUUCACGGCACACACUCAGCGUUCAUCUUAAGUCCACAAAACCGUAAG